GGGGGAACAAAUCGGUUCACUUACAAAGGAGCAUGAUAUCGGGACGCCAUCCAAGCCCGGGGUACGCAUGGGGAGAGCUUCGAGGGCCUAGCUGCUGAUAAGGGAAUGUCUUAUACAUUUAAAACAUACAUACAUACCUCACACAUACGCGUAUAUCUUGUUGAAGAUCGAUCCGCGAAGCUGGCAGAUUUAUCUAAUGUAUAUAAUGUUGUACCUACCCCUUAGCAUUGGCCCUCUUUUUGCCCGCUCUCUGUCUGACGAACUUGUUGCACACUGAUAUCGCAACCUCCGGCCUCCGCUGCAGCAGACAGGCGUCAUGGAAGCCGUCCAAAUCGCCGCGCCCCUCGACCAGGGCGUCGGCUAUGGCAUCGUUCUCGGUCUGGGCUUUGCCUUCGCCCUCGGAAUGAUUCUAGUCACCUUCAUCCUGAAGCGAUACAACUCGGAGCUCCAGACAUCCGAGAUGUUCAACACCGCCGGCCGCACGGUGAAGAGCGGGCUGGUCGGGUCUGCCGUUGUGUCUUCGUGGACCUGGGCGGCCACACUUCUACAGAGCACCGGCGUCUGCUACCGAUACGGCGUUUCCGGCCCGUUUUGGUACGCGUCGGGGGCCACCGUCCAGAUCCUGCUCUUUGCAACUCUCGCCAUCGAGCUGAAGAGGCGGGCCCCUAACGCCCACACCUUCCUCGAAGUAAUCAAAGCUCGUUACGGAACGAUCCCUCAUGUCGUCUUCAUGGUCUUCGGCCUCGCGACCAACAUCCUCGUCAGUCUCAUGCUGGUCGUCGGCGGUUCCGCGACCGUCAGCGCGCUCACCGGGAUGCACACGAUCGCGGCCAUCUACCUCCUGCCCGUCGGCGUCAUGGCGUACACCAUGGUGGGCGGCCUGAAGGCGACGAUCCUGACGGACUGGAUCCACACGCUGAUCCUGCUGAUCAUCAUCAUCGUCUUCGCGCUGACGGCGUACGCGUCGUCGGACCAGCUCGGCUCGCCGGCAGCGGUGUACGACCUGCUCGUCGAGGCGGCGCUGCGCCACCCCGUCGAGGGCAACGUGCAGGGCAGCUACCUGACGAUGCGCUCGCGCGAGGGCGCCGUCUUCUUCGUCAUCAACAUCGUCGGCAACUUCGGCACCGUCUUCCUCGACAACGGCUACUACAACAAGGCCAUCGCCGCCUCGCCCGUCCACGCCCUGCCCGGCUACAUCAUCGGCGGGCUCAGCUGGUUCGCCAUCCCGUGGCUCACUGCCACGACUAUGGGCCUGUCCGCGCUCGCGCUCGAGAACACGCCCGCCUUCCCCACCUACCCGGCCCGCAUGUCCGACGCCGACGUGUCGGCCGGCCUCGUGCUGCCGUACGCGGCCGUCGCCCUGCUCGGCAAGGGCGGCGCCGUCGCGACGCUGCUCAUCAUCUUCAUGGCCGUCACCUCCGCUACCUCGGCCGAGCUCAUCGCCGUCUCGUCCAUCUUCACCUACGACCUGUACCGCACAUACUUCAAGCCCGACGCGAGCGGUCGACGCCUCAUCUACAUAUCGCACGUCAUCGUCGUCGCCUACGCCCUCUUCAUCUCCACCUUCUCCGUCGGCCUCUGGUACGCGGGCAUCUCAAUGGGCUACCUCUACCUCAUGAUGGGCUGCGUCAUCUCGGCAGCCGUGAUACCCGCCACGCUGACCCUAGUGUGGAAGGGCCAGAACAAAUGGGCUGCCGCCCUGUCGCCCGUCUUCGGGCUCGCAUUCGCCCUGGUUGCGUGGCUCGUGACCGCUCGGAGGGAAUGUGGCGCCUUGGACGUCGCGUGCACGGGAUCGAAUAACCCGAUGCUCGCCGGGAACGUUGUCGCGCUCCUCUCGCCCCUCGUCCUGAUACCGAUCUUCACCCUCAUCUUUGGACUGGACAAGUAUGACUGGAAGUCGAUGAUGGACAUCCGGCGGGGCGACGACCGCGACCUGACGGCGACGGCGGGGCUGGACCCGGAGCAGCAGGCGGCGGCGGCGGGAGUGAGCCCGGCGGCGACGGCGAGGGAGCGGGACGAGGAGCAGGCGAAGCUAGCGCGCGCGAGCCGAGUGUCCAAGUGGACGACGGCGGGGCUGACGCUCGCGUUCCUGGUGCUGUGGCCGUUCCCCAUGUACGGCUCCGGCUACGUCUUCUCGAAGCCCUUCUUCACCGGCUGGGUCACGGUGGGCAUUAUCUGGAUCUUCUGCUCGCUCGGCGCCGUCGGCUUGUUCCCCGUCUGGGAGGGCCGCGCCACCCUCGCGCGCACCGCCCGCGCCGUCGUCAGGGACCUCCGCGGCGGAGGCCGCCGCUCCCCCGUCAUACAGGGGGCUGCCGACCGCGCCGAGACCCCGCCCGACCCGAAGGAAGACGCGAAGGCGGAGGUCAAGGACGGGUAGAGGGUGGGCUGAUAGGACGGCGAGGGUGUUCUCCGUUCCUGCGUUACCUCGGUAGGAGAGAGAGAGAGAGGGGGAGUGUGUGUGUGUGUGUGUGUGAGGGGCCGAGCGAAGGUAUAAUGCGGAAAAAGAUACCCUUUAUUUAUGUUCCACCAAGCAACGGAUUACGACCAUUUUUGUUUCGGCAUCGAGCACUAUAAUAAAAAGCUUCACCAUACUGUGUUUGGAAGAGUCUCCACGGAGUUGACUGAUCAGCACACAUCGCGUUGGAAAGAUGCCGCAGGGAUCCAGGGUUGUAGGUACGCGAGGGUGUCCAAGCACAAAGAACCCCAGGAGCUACUCAUUUACAGGUCGUAAAGUUUCAAAUACUUAGUCUACUACGACAAAAGUUAGUGCCUGUCCACGGUCGAGGAUGCUGGGAUAUCUCGGGGCUAGGGAAGCCGUUUUCGGGGGUCAGCUUAGCCGAGGCGCUGGUCUCCGGCGGCAUGCCGGGGGCA